AUGUUUUCCGUUGUACGUUCCGCUACUUCCGCACGCGCGGGCUUGAUGAGCCGAAAGGCUGUCAUGUCGAGUGUCACUGCCAUUCGUACCAAAGUGUCGCUUCCUGACCUGCCAUAUGACUACAACGCUCUUGAGCCAGCAAUCUGCUCCGAGAUCAUGACCCUGCAUCACUCCAAGCACCACAACACAUACGUCACCAACUACAACUUACAAGAGGAGCAGCUGGACGAGGCUAUCCACAAGGGUGAUACCAGCAAGAUCAUCGGUAUGCACUUCACAAGCACAUCCUGCGAAGAUUGUUUUUAUAUUCUGUAUAUAUAG